CACAUGAAAUAGAUUUGUUACUCAGGUGUCAGCAUCUCAAUUGAUAUAUCACAUUGUUCCCUGACCUGUUUUAAAAUAUUUACUAUUUGAGCAAAAAAAAUCACCAAUAAUUCAUUACUAAAGUUUAGUACGGUACUUGUUAAAACGGUAAAAAUGAAGUUGUGGGUACUUGUUAUAUCCUCCAUGUCGCUUGUGAAUUCUGUCUUAUCCGGUGCCGUGGACAAUGUGAACCUUGACCCGAAAUGUGUGGGGGGAGCCCUUCAUGAAUUCCGACUCACGGACUGUACACAUUUUCCAUGCAUUAUCAAACGUGGCAAGGAGUACACGAUCGAUGCGGACUUUAGUUCUUCGAAAGACAUUGUAACUCCGAAUGUAAGAUGUGGAACAAUUUAUUUGGGAAGACAAGUCCCCCUUUCAGGAUACGGGGGAUGCCACACCCUCUCGAAUGGCACUUGCCCAAUACAAGCCGAAACAAUAUACAGCACUACUACUUCAUUUAAAAUUCCAUACUAUGUUCCAUCGACGAUUUACACUGUUUGGUGCCGUUUAGAAGAUGACAGCGGACAAACUCUCGUGUGUGGAUCAGGGUCGGGAAAAGUGGUUUAAUGUUAAAUAGUUUAAAUUUUCAUUUAUCUGUAUACCUAUUUUUAAAAUAUUUAUUGCAUUAAUUACUACUGCUCAAGGAUUAUUUAAAAUAUAACUGUACGGAAUAUGUUAUGAGGAAUAAAGUAAAUUAUAAAGUCAUAA